UGCCAUAACUUUACUGUACACUAGUAAACACACACACAACAGACCAGAGCAACGCGGUUGUCUCAUAGUAGCGGCCAUUCAGCAGAGAAACAAAGAGCAGCUGCUCUCUUCUUCCGGUCUGAGAAUGACUCAGCAGGAGCAGCAGGAUUUCAUGGAGAGCCUGGAGGCAGCGCUCUCCUGGAUGCAGGCCAUCCAGGAGAGGCUGAAGGCUAAUGACAACACGCAGGGACCCCGUGAUGCCCUGGAGGCCCGACUCAGGGAGACAGAGAAAAUCCAUCAGUCGGAGCAUGAAGGUUGGGUCAAGAUGGACCUGGUAAUGGUGGCGGCUGAGAACCUUCUGCAGAGUGGAGAUGAAGAGAUGAGGAACCACACCCACACUAAGCUCAAAGAACUGAAGAGCCUGUGGGAGGAGACAUCUACCUACAUCAUUCACUGUCACAGUCGUAUCGAGUGGGUGUGGCUUCACUGGAGCGAGUACCUGAAGGCUUACGAGGAGUUUGAGCUUUGGCUGACGCGACUGCAGUGUGUCCUAGACACUGGGGUGGAGCUGCAGUUGGGGGUGAAGGAGAAGCUCUGGCAGGUGGACCAGCAGAGAGUGGCGGUCAGUGAUGUCCAUGGACAGGCAGUGCUGUUGGAGAGGCUGUUAGACGAAGCGGCCGCACUGCACAACCGAACUCAGGACCCCAGCGUGGAUUCCCAAGCCCAGAAGAGUCUGCAAGAGGCCUACAGAGAUGUCCGGGACAGAGCUGAGGAGCGUCUUUUGCUGCUUCAGAAGAUCGCAGAGGAGCACCAGACAUACCAAGGCUGCGUUCAGAGGUUCCAGUCCUGGCUGCUGUCGAAAACCAAGGAGCUGACCGAUCUGAUGGACAGAGAGAACACGGCUGAGGACAAGCUCAAAGCCUUACAAGCUCUGGAUGACAGUGUAGCUGGUGAGGAGAAAACCCUCCAACACAUUGAAGGUUUGGCCGAGGCAGUGAGGAGAAGCACCUGUCCAGCAGGAGCAGAGGUGGUGGUGGAAGAGGCUGAGGAGCUGAGGCUUGGCUGGCAGAGGCUUCGACAGGGCCUGUGUGAGGCUGGGGAGGGCCUGCGCUCCAGCCUGGACUCUCACAGUCAGUACAUGUCAAGAAGCCAGCGGCUGGAAGAAGACAUCGGGCGCCUCAGAGUGCUGUUGCAUGAGCUGGACCAUGAACUGCUUAUGGGCCACGAGGCUGAAGACCACACUGACUGCAAUGAGGAGCAGAUGGUGGGCCAGUGGAAGAAAUACACAGGUGUAAGGAAUACACUGGCAGGGGAAGAGUCCCAAGUGGAACUUCUAAAGUCUCAGCUCAAGGAGCUCUUUAAAUUCUCAGUGGACUCACAGCACCUUUCUGAUGAUGUCCUGGCUGUUGUCAAAGAGCAUCAGAGUGUGAAAUCUAGAGCAACCAGGCUGUGUUCCGAUUCAGAGUCAGGACUGAGAAACGUUCUCCAGGAUCCUCUGCUGGUCUACGCCCAGUGGAGUCACAUGGUAUCUCAGGUGUUGGAGGCUUCUGCUGAGGUUACCGAUUUCUCCCACAUCGCCAUGCUGGUUCAGAAGAUAGAGCAUCUGCUGAAGGAAAGUGUCCAGCUCCAGGAGCGUCUGAGUCUGCUGCAUGUGAAGGGAGACCUGCUGGACUCUGUGUUUGGUCCAGAGAGGUCUGAUGGUUUACAGGGUGAUCUAAGUGCUGCCAUCAAAAACAGAGAGCUGCUGCACACCCAGCUACUGCAGAGGAGGAACAGGCUUCAGGCUUUAAUUUCAAGAACCAAGGACUUUGGUGACGCCUACAAUUUGAUACGCUCCAAGCUGGGCCAACUUCGUGACCGACUGACAGCAGCAGAUGUCCUACAGCCUGACAUCUUGGCCAAGAAAAGUCAGUCAGACCAGUUCACGGUGAGUCAAAAAUGCCACACCAGGGCCAAGUGUCCAGGGGGCAUUCAGGUGAUGCAGGUCCCCUGCUCUUCCCAGUGGAGGAGCCAGCUAAUGAAGAGUGGCUCCGGCUGCUGA